CCUUGAAAACACUCAGCUGGACUCCGCACGUAAUAAUUUGUUUCAUUCGAUCUCCUUCCCUACUGGACCUCCAGCUUCUCCGCCGUCGGAUCGAUGGAGACGGUGGUGAGGUACGGCAUCGUCGGCGUGGGAAUGAUGGGGAGGGAGCACAUGGUUAAUCUCUCCUACCUCCGCAGCGAGGGUGCCGUUCUCACCUCUGUCGCCGAUCCCCAUCCUCCGUCUCUCAACCUCGCCGUCGACCUUUCCCUUUCUCUGCAGUUCCCUCCUCUCCAGGUGUUUAAGGGACACCGAGAAUUGCUUGACAGUGGGUUGUGCGAUGUGGUUGUGGUGUCAUCUCCAAAUAUGACCCAUUUUGAGAUUCUGAUGGAUAUUAUCAAACAUCCAAGGCCUCAUCAUGUUCUGGUAGAGAAGCCCCUAUGCACUACUGUGCAGGAUUGCAAAAAGGUUGUGAAAGCAGCUGCAAAAAGGCCCGAGAUAUUAGUUCAAGUUGGCUUGGAGUAUAGGUAUAUGCCUCCAGUAGCUAAACUUAUCGAGAUAGUUCAAAGUGGAACAAUCGGACAAAUAAAAAUGGUGUCUAUUCGUGAACAUCGAUUCCCUUUUUUGGUUAAGCCUUCUUAUAUAAGAGUAGUACAGGUAAACAAUUGGAACAGAUUUAAUGCUAACACUGGUGGAACCUUGGUUGAGAAAUGCUGUCACUUUUUUGAUUUGAUGAGACUAUUUACAGCUGCAAAUCCAGUUCGUGUCAUGGCUUCGGGGUCUAUUGAUGUCAAUCACAAAGAUGAAAUAUAUGAUGGAAAGGUUCCAGAUAUCAUUGAUAAUGCAUACGUGAUUGUAGAAUUUAAUAAUGGUUCUCGUGGCAUGCUUGAUCUUUGUAUGUUCGCUGAGGGGAGUAAAAAUGAACAAGAAAUUUCUGUUGUUGGUGAUACUGGGAAGGGAGAGGCAUUUGUUCCUGAAAGUAUAGUGCGAGUUGGAAGCAGAUCAGACGGGAGACCUGGAGUCAGAACAUUCGAAGCUCAGGACAAAAGAAUAAAGUAUGAAGGUCUGCAUCAUGGAUCCAGCUAUCUGGAGCACCUGGAUUUCUUAGCUGCUGUUAAAGCUCAGAGCAGCUCAGAUGGUUCUCCUGCUGUUGAUUUGAAUGAUGGUCUGCUCUCUGUAGCCAUAGGAGUUGCUGGCCAGCUCUCCAUCAAAGAAGGCCGUUUUGUAACAAUUGAUGAAGUGUUGUCUGCUUAUUAAAAGUGGAUUAACGACUGUCAUUGGAGUAACAGUGCUUUCAGACAGACGAGCCUUCAUUUCCCUGUGUUCUUGACAGUUUGCGCACAAGUGGAAGCAGCAAUGGGUCAUGCAAGGGUCGCAUGGAGAGUUCUACCCAUCAGAAGAACACGGAAGAGAAGCAAGCAGGCCAUGGUCAGAAAUAUGUAAGAGUAAGAACAUAAAAACUUAUUUGUAACAAAAAUGUUUGUUAUACAAUUGGGUUGAUUUUCAUAUUUAUAAAACUAUCAUACAAAUACAAAUAUCAGCUCUAUGUUAGUUUUGGAACAAAAUCACAACAUUUUUCACUUUCAGUAAAUUUCAAGAGUUGUUUUUUGGAUAGGAUGUUAGUAAACAAGGAAGAUUUGAAUGAUAUGGCCAUAAUUUUUCUUAUAUUA